AUGAUAGAUGGUUUUCGCAAAGGCUUCGUCGAGCCAGGCUUCUUCGCCGUGAGCAAGCUGCGAGACGCUCGGAACAGCUACGUGGAAAUCUUGAAGCUCAAGCUGGCCGUGAAGAACCACUUGCUCGAGGAAUGGCUCACUGGAAGAACGUUUCCGGGCAAAACCAGAGAAGACCUGCGGUCAGCUUUCAGCAGCUUCACUCACGUACGAAGCAAGUACAGCCCGUACAAAGAAGAAACUCAGGCUGAUACGGCCUGGAUCUUGGGCGCAAAAGACUCAGUUCUGGCAGCAGAACUGCUGGAACAGCUAGUGUACCUUGACACUUUUGAUGGCCGGUACAGGGAUGCGUUGAAAUCGAAGCAUGAAUGCGCUGACGUGCUCGGUUAUCCCAGCAUCAAGAAAAAUAGAGGAUAUCGAGGCAGCCUUGAGAAAGGGUCUGGCGAUGCCCCAUCAUCGUCGACGGGCACUGGUUCGGCUGCUUCGGCCGCAGAAGAGGCCAAACUCACGAAAGACGAACAACAACAAUGGAGGCAGUUCAUGCUCAAGAAUCUUCGCAGUCAAGUUCGCUUCGUGUCCGACCACAAAGCCGCUUCCGACCUUGAACAAGCCAUCCGCGACUGCCCGUUUUCGAAACUCAAGGGGGGCCCGACGGGUCUGGUGCUGUUACACUUCGAUGUGAAAAAGUUCGGUGAGUCUGCGACAAGGCCAGACCUUCGUCUACCGCCCCUUCGGGAUGGACCGUACACACGCCUCGUCCGUGCCGUCAUGACGCCAGGCAGAGCGAAGGCUCAGCAGCGGCUUUGCAGCCAGGCGAAGUCGCAGUGUUGCUGGACGGCUUCAAGAAGGGAUGAAGACGAUGGCGACGGGGAUGACGACGACUGCGAGGAGGAGGAAGACACACGGCCGAACCUGGUCUCUGACUUGCUGCAGAUUGGCUACACCGAAGCGCUCUCUCUUCCGGCCAGGGAGCGCAAGCAUUACGGGCCGGGGUCAAGCACAGGCGACCUCAUCUCAGGAGUGGACCUACCGAAACUGUCCACUGAGUGGUGCCUCCCAUGGCAACAGAAGAAGACCCUUUACGGGAAAAAACAUCUGAUCGCCGUUGGGGGAAAGACUGAAACCACAGAAGAAACAGAAAAAUCAGACAUGGAUCGCCUGGGCAACAAGCCCGAACCAGUUUGCUUUCAUUCUAUGCCUGGUGCAUUUUAUUCAGAGCUCAUGCACUCCUUUUGGGCGAAGAUGGUCAUCGACCUAACGCCAGGCGACGGCCGAUUCACUUUCGAAGCGCUGAAGGCCAGGGUGGGCUACAUGGGAAUAACCUUCACCCCUGAACACAGCCAAUUCUUGGAAGAGCACCUGCUUGACUUGAUGAAGUUGGAGAUGUGUGACACAGCAAGUCCGCUCUUCAAUUCGGAAUACGCAGCGGCGGUGGGCAAAAAGGUUCCCAAGGCCAAAGCAAAUCCAGUGCGAGGCUGCUUCGGCUUCGCAGGCUGCUUCGGCCAGGUGCGAGGCUGCUUCGGCUUCGCAGGCUGCUUCGGGCAAGACCACUGUGAUGCCCACCUCUACCGUGACCCCAACAGCGUGGUGAUCAUUGACGCGAAGUUCCUCUUCGACACCUUGCUCAGCAACACUUCGGGUGAGUGUGAAAGAUCCAACCUGGAAGCUGAGGUGAUUCGCGAAAGCCUUUCCAUUUGCAAGGGGGGGCUGUCAAUCCUAGAUGUUCCUUUACUUUUCCUGUUGCACCUGCUCCCAUCUGUGAACGCCCGAGAAUUGACCCAGGCCACCAUCAUCACCUCCAUUAUCGCAUGCUGCUCCGCAUGCUGGCGCGUCACCAAGGAGUAUGCGAUCUACCCAGUGAAGCAAUCCAUCGUAGACACCUUCGACAGCAUCCAAGAAAGCUUGUUCCCUUACAAGCAGGGGGUGAAGGCACACGGCUCGGAGCACAAGCUGGGAGCUUGCAGUUUGGAGUUGGUGUGGCAGGUUCCCUACAGCUACACAGAGGCCGAUGCUUCUUUCCUGUCUUUGUUCACGUGUUCACGGGUGACUGGCGGGAUGGACGACUGGCUCACGGACAGAGCCCAGACGGUAUCCAGGCCGAGCGUUAACACACGGAAUGAGCAGAGCAGCGAGAGCGACGUGAGCGACGUGAAAGUCCUCGCGCCCACUGGGCCCAAGCUUUUGCAGCGACCGAAGCCAGAGGAAGGCCUGGAGCGAAGCGACGAGAAGGCCACCACCCCGGCGAAGACGCUGAAGCAGAAGGAGGAAGAGUAUGCCGCCGCAAGAGCGCGCAUCUUCGGAGACACGGCAGAACGCGGUGGGCGUGGUCGCGGCAGAGGACGAGGCGGUACCGGCCCUCAGCCCUCGGCGCAAAAAAUCGAGCGCUUCCCGCCGUCCGAACAGAAGCGACAGGCCCACGACAGCCGCCACCCAACAACGCCCUGCUCUCACCGCAAGUGGACCUCGGUAUGCCAUGCUUCGCUGUUCGCUGUUGGAUGCAAGGACAGGAGCCGACUGCGUGUGACUGAUGCAGACGAUCCUGCUGGAACCUGA